AUGGCUUUGAGGCGUGUGUUUUCCCUUCGAUCCUGCUCUCCCCGCACACCUCAUCUCGCCCCGCUGUCCACUUCGCCCGCUACCCGCGAGCAGCCCGCCGCGGGUCCCAGGGCUGUACCGGGAUCGGGAUGCAGGCCGGUUGAGGCCGCGAGGCCGCCAGUUCCCGUGGUGGACUUCAGCAACGCGCAAGAGGCAUACCGCAGCCUGCGUACUUGGGAGCUAGCGCGCAAUCUUCUGGUGCUACGGCUGUGUGCCUCACCCACGCUGCUGGAGCGCCAUCAGCAGCUGCUUCAGAUAGCCAGAAAACUUCUUGGGCAGAAGCUGUUUGACAAGCUAAUGAAGAUGACCUUCUAUGGGCAGUUUGUGGCUGGCGAGGACCGGGAGUCCAUUCAGCCCCUGAUCCGGCACAACAAGACCUUUGGUGUUGGCUCCAUCCUGGACUACGGAGUGGAGGAAGAUCUGAGCUCCGAGGAGGCAGAGUGCAAGGAGAUGGCGUCCUAUGCCUCUUCAACAGAAAGGAAUGGCAGCAGCAUGAGUAAGAGUGAGAAGCAAUAUCAGGCCCAUCUAACCUUUGGAGACCAAAGGGACAGCGUCAUCAGUGGUGCCCAUACUUACUUCUGUGCCAGUGAAACCAAGUAUGAUAGCCGCAUGGAGACCCUGUUGCACUGCAUAGAGGCCUCAGGUAAAGCCAGUGAUGAUGGCUUCAUAGCAAUUAAGCUCACUUCCCUGGGUAGACCCCAGUUUCUGCUGCAUUUCUCAGAUGUACUGACCAAGUGGAGACAUUUUUUUCACCAAAUGGCUGCAGAGCAAGGGCAGGCUGGGCACGCUGCCAUGGACACAAAACUGGAGGUGGUAGCACUACAGGAAAGCAUUGCUAAGAUGGGCAUUGCAUCCAGGGCUGAGAUUGAGAACUGGUUUACACCAGAGACCCUGGGAGCAUCUGGCACCAUGGACCUGCUGGAGUGGAAAAGCCUCAUUCGCUGCAGGACUCAGCUUUCCAAGCACCUGCUGAUCCCCAAUGUGCAGACAGGACAGCUGGAACCCCUGAUGUCACAGUUCGCUGAGAAGGAGGAGCUGCAGAUGAUGAGGAUACUGCAGAGAAUGGAUGUCCUGGCCACGAAAGCCAUGGAAGCAGGGGUACGGCUGAUGGUGGAUGCUGAGCAGACCUAUUUCCAGCCAGCAAUCAGCCACCUGACACUGGAAAUACAACGCAAAUUCAAUGUGGAGAAGCCUCUCAUCUUCAACACCUACCAAUGCUACCUCAAGGAUGCCUAUGACAAUGUGACCCUGGAUGUAGAGCUGGCUCGCCGUGAGGACUGGUGUUUUGGGGCCAAGCUGGUACGUGGUGCAUACAUGGUCCAGGAGCGUGCCCGUGCUGUGGAUCUUGGCUAUGAGGACCCUAUCAACUCUACAUAUGAGGCCACUAAUGCUAUGUAUCACAAGUGCCUCAACUAUGUUCUGGAGGAGCUGAAGCACAAUUCUAAGGCUGAGGUAAUGGUAGCCUCCCACAAUGAAGACACCAUUCGUUUUACCCUGAGCAGGAUGGAGGAACUGGGGCUGCAUCCAGCUGACUACCAGGUGUGCUUUGGACAGCUUCUGGGCAUGUGUGACCAAAUCAGCUUCCCCUUGGGUCAGGCAGGCUUCUCUGUAUACAAGUAUGUACCCUAUGGCCCUGUGAUGGAGGUGCUGCCCUACCUGUCCCGUCGAGCACUGGAGAACAGCAGCAUUAUGAAGGGCACCCAGCGGGAACGGCAGCUGUUGUGGCAGGAGUUGUGGCGGCGGCUCUGCACUGGCAGCCUUCUCUACCGCCCAGCCUAACUGCUGUGCCACCACCAUAGUUACUCUACCACCUGCUGCCAUGUUAUUCUGUGACCUCCCAGAGCCCUGGGAAAAGGAAUUUAGGGGUGUAAGUCUGGGUUGCUCCCAGGCUAUCACCACCAGAUUUGCCUUUUUAUACCCAAGAAUUUGAAACCUGUUGGAGGUGGGAGGGCUGCCUUAGGUGGUUCCUGCCCCACCCAGGAUGCAGAUAUUCAGGCCUAGGCUGAGUCUGAUGCCUGCCUGAGCCAAGGUAUUGUCUAAUGAGAGGGCCUGGGCCCCUACCUCUUAGUUUAAUGGGACUGUCUGCUGCCAGGGUCCAACCCAUGAGCCUCAUGGGUGGGUAGUGGUCCAGCUGGAAAGCCUGCCUGGUCAAUAAACUACUAUUCUACAUCUGAAAA